AUGUCAACAAGAAAGAAAGGUUUAUCAGACGAGGAAAAGAAAGAAAAAUUAAAGAAAUUCUUUUAUGAUAGUUCUAAUGUAUACUCUUCAAAAGAUGUGGAAUCUGAGGCAAGUGAAGCAACUGGAAUACCAAUGAUAGCAGUAAGAGAGACUAUUAAAUUGAUGGUAGCAGAUGGAAUUGUACAAACAGAUAAACUAGGUGCAUCGACAUUCUAUUGGGCAUUCCCAUCAUUCGAGAGGAAUCAAGCAAAGAACAAAAACGAUGAACUCACAAAAGCGAUUGCUGACAUCAAAGAGAGAAUUGCAAGUGAAACAAAAAAGAAUGAAACUUUGAAACAAGAGAGAAUCGAAUCGGAUGAAAGAACAAAUAAUUUAGAAAGAAUCAAAGAGUUGGAAGCACAAUCAGUAAAGCUAAAUGAAGAGUUGGCUGGCUAUGCAGAUGUAGAGACAAUGGAAGAGAUGAAGAAAGAAUUGAAAAUUGCAGUCGAAGCUGUAAACAGAAACACCGAUAAUAUAGAUGCACUCAGAUCAUUCUGUGAUAAGAAAUGGGGGGUGGCCAAAGAAGAUUUUUAUAAGAACUUUCAAAUCGACCCAAAUAUGGAAUAUUUAGAAUAUUAA